AUGUUCCCAUACACGUUUACUGUCACAAGACAAUACAAAUAUAUGUACUGUCCUGGUGGAACAAAAGAUGUCGAACAAAUGGACAAUAUUCAGUACUUUGGCCCAGAAGAUGUCCCACAGUGCGUCAUAGAUGGGUCAUUCAUCAAAGAUCUUGUCGAAAAGAAGCUUUCAAAACAUGCGUAUUGCUUUGUCCCUAUAAUAACAAUGAAGACGUCACAAGGAAGUGAUCCCUACUCAUUCACCAAUGUAAUAUGGUCAGACCACGCAUUUAAUGGAACAAAACACAGUGUUGAAGACCUCCUGAAGAUCAAUAACAUCACAAACACAAGCAACAAUGGGCAGACAAAUUAUGCAUCUCUCUGGCCAAUCCCACAAUUCUUUAAGAAUGAUGGGAAACAAUUUGUUGGUCAACCACUCUGUCCAGCUUCAUUCCUUCUCCGAUGUGAUACACUCAAAGAAUACACUGGAAAUUAUGAAAAAGAGGAUACAGUUCAUUUUGGAUCGUUUUUCAUCGCAAAGACAGGAUCAAAUGACAUGACAAAUGAAGUUCUUAUCAACUGUGAAGUGAGAAUGACAAUCAUCAGCUAUACACUCGGUCCAGACUUCGAAUGCACUGUAGAUGAAGAAACUAAUGGAAAUGAAAAUGAAAAUGGAAAUGGAAAUGGAAAUGGAAAUGCAACGUCACAAAAAAUACCCGAAUUUAUUCGUCGAAAGCGAGGGUAA